AUGAGGCACAUAAAGCCCAGCAGCCUGGGGGUCAGUCUUCAGGUUUUCCUCCCUCUCUUAUGGAAAGGUAUCACAUCCCAGGUCAUAUAUUUCCCAGGUUAUUCUAUACAAGUGUCUCCUAGUGUCAGUGUCCAGGAGGGUCUCUGUGUCACCAUUCCUUGUACCUUCACUGCUGAUGGGAGAAAAACAUUCACUAAUUCCUUUGGAUACUGGAAACAGCUGCCGGUCAGUUCAGAUUAUAUUGUGGCCACUAAUGAUAAAUCCAGUGAGGUGAAGAAAACAAACUUCAAUCUGACGGGAAAUCCGAAUACUGGAGACUGCACCCUGACCAUAACUGGUGCCAGGAAAGAAGAUGAGGGGGAUUAUUACUUUAGAUUUGAUGAAAAUAAAAACAGUAACGUGAAAUAUAAUUAUCAACCACCAACCACUAUUACAGUAUCUGAAUCCCAUCCUUAUCCUUCUACAGGUAUCACAUCCCAGGUCAUAUAUCCUCCAGGUUAUUCUAUACAAGUGUCUCGUAAUGUCAGUGUCCAGGAGGGUCUCUGUGUCACCAUUCCUUGUACCUUCACUGCUGAUUAUAGAAAUACAUUCACUAAUUCCUUUGGAUACUGGAUGUGGAGGACGAACAAUUCAGAUUAUAUUGUAGCCACUAAUGAUAAAUCCAGUGAGGUGAAGAAAACAAACUUCAAUCUGACGGGAAAUCCGAAUUCUGGAGACUGCACCCUGACCAUAACUGGGGCCAGGAAAGAAGAUGAGGGGGAAUAUUACUUUAGAUUUGUAGAAAGCAAAGACAGUAAAAUGAAAUAUAAUUAUCAACCACCAACCACUAUUACAGUCCCUGUUUCUCCGAGCAUCCCAACCACAGAGGAUAGAAAUGCUUGUAGCCUGGACUUUUCCUUCAUUAUUGGGAUGGUUAUUGGUAAUAUAGUCGCCCUCAUCCUCAUUUAUGUGGGAUCCUAUUUCUGUCUAAGGAGACACAUGGAGAAAAGACAAUUAGAAAAGGGACCUCCUGACCAGGGGACACAAGUUACAGAAUCUACAUAUGAGGAAUUAAAAGGACAAAGAAACGACAUUUACUACAACUUUAAAGCACAAUAAUAAUGGAACGCCUCCAAUAUUUAAUAUUCUAUGACUUAGAUAGCACCGGCAUAUGCUGUAGGGUUGUACACACUACUGUCCCCAUACACAUAGGCCUUGUUAUCGGUAAAACCACGCCCUGGCGUCACGAACAUUUAGGGGUUAAUACCAAUGCAGCUUCCAAACUAAUGUCCAUCAGGUGGAUGAACUGUGGAAGAAAACUCACAGCAAGACGGCAAUGCCAACUCGUCUCCACUACAUCAUGGUAUACAAGCUCUGCCUGCAACUGGGACCAGUGAUCUCCAACCAACGCAUUUACAGACUAUAACCCCCAGCAUUUCCUAACAGAGCAUGUUGGGAGUUUUAGGUUUGCAACAGCUUGAAAGCCAUGGGUCAGUGAUAUUUACUGUAGACCUUGAAGGAUCUCAUCUUAAAGGGGUACUCCGCUGCACACAUCUUAUCCCCUAUCCAAAGUAUAGGGGAUAAGAUGUUAGAUCAGGGGGUUCCCGCUGCUGCGGACCCCCGCGAUCUCUGAGCCAGCAGCUAUGUGACCUACGCCAAUCUCUUCAUAUAAUACCACCGUACACUUAUUGUAUUUAUAAAGCUUGACCUAUCA